AAAAUAGAUCAGCCAUGUUCGCAAGCCUUGCGCACUUCGCGGAGGAGCAGCAGAUGGAGGAACUCUACAACCUUCGAUCGAUCUACGGUCAACGUAAAAGCGCUUUGGAAUUCUGCAACUCGACUUUCACAACUAUUGGUGAAAAGAAAUUCUGCAUUCUUCAUCUGUUGGAAAACGUGAAGUUUCACACUAUGUAAAAAGUCUUUAUUUGUGAUCUGAUCAUUCGAGCAUUCAAUAGAAGAGAUCUACC